AUGAUAGGCAGUUUUUAUAGUGAAAAAUUUCGUCGUUUGUAUUUAACAAUCAUUCUUGUUAAUACUAUCACAGUACAAUCAAAUGCCAGUAAUAUUAUCCAACAAAUUCGUUCAAAUCAACGAAAUGAUUUAAUUUCAUUAAAUGCAAAUUUUCAACGACGAGAAAAAUUAAUUGAAAUACUUGAAACAAAAGAAAGUUUAACAAUUGAUUCAGAAGAAUUAUUAACAAUAUUAAAUAAUAUUCAUAAUGAUCGAAUUAUAAAUGAAAAUUCUCUUAAUAAACAUCAAGUUCAAUAUGAAAUGUUAUGUUUAAGAACAGCUUGUGAAGUCUAUAGAGAAACAGCUAAACAUUUACCACAACUUUAUAUAAUAUUACGAGAUUCUAAUAUGGAGUUUAAAAUUGCAAUAAAAUGUCAUUCAUGGUUAUUAUGUUUUUCCAAUGAAAUUAAUAAAAAAUAUCCAAAUUUAUCUGAAAAUUUAAUUGAUUAUCAACAUGAAUGGAAAGAAUAUUUAUAUUCAACAACUAAAGCUGACUUUGUUAAUAAAUCUUCAUUAGAAAAACAACAACAAUUAAACAUUGAUCCAUUAAAUCUAGUUAAACAUAUAGCUGAUCUAUCACAAUCAAUGAAUAAUGAUCUAUUCCCAAUAUUUGAACAUUUAUUUGAAAAAAUUAAUUUAUUAAAUGAAAAAAGUUGUUCAACAAAAGAUGAAAUGCUUCUGGGUGAAUCACUUGCUCGUAGUUAUUUAACUCAUUUUCGUUCAAUUUAUUCUUCUCAACAUCAUUCAACAUGUUCAUCUUUAAUUGAUUUAUUUAUUUAA